AUGCGCGUGGAGAAAGACUCUUCCACAGACGCGAUUCUUCAAACAGACGGAGGAAUAGACCCUGACAACGAAGUGAAAGGCCCCAAGCUACUUCUCCUUUCCAUUGGUCUCUGCCUCUGCACCUUCCUGGUUGGCUUGGACUUCAACUUGAUCGCAAGGGCGAUUCCAGUCAUUACUUCGGACUUCCAUUCAAUCGGAGAUGUGGGUUGGUAUGGGAGCGCGUUCUUUAUUUCACUAUGUUCCAGCCAACCCGUUGCCGGCAAGACCUACAGCUUGUUUUCGAAAAAGGUUGCCUACUUGAGCUAUGUUGCUCUGUUCGAGGUCGGGAGUUUAGUUUGUGCGCUUGCUCCAUCAUCCCCAGUCCUCUUAGUGGGAAGGGCUAUUGCUGGUCUAGGAGCUUCCGGGAUCUUCGCUGAUGGAUUGGUUAUCUUGACUUCCGUGAUCCCGCUUCACAAGCGAGCAGUCUGGACUGGAACCCUAAACUCGACUUUUGCCAUUGCAAGCAUGGUCGGGCCUAUUCUCGGGGGAGCACUUACCCAACAUGUUACAUGGCGAUGGUGUUUCUACAUCAAUCUCCCUAUCGCCGGAUUCUCCGCCGUCAUUAUACUGUUAUUUUUCCACAUCAAACGGGCUCCCACCGAAAGUAUACCCUUAGGGAUAAAACUACGGAGUUUGGAUGUCGUUGGCUUCUUGCUCUUUGCUGGUUCUGUUAGCAUGCUGCUAAUCGCACUACAAUUUGGUGGAACCAGUCAGAGAUACUCCUGGCACUCGGCAAAUAUAAUUGGAUUAUUCGCAGGUGCUGGGGUAGUGAUGUGCAUAUUUGUCGGAUGGCAAUUUCAUAUGCAGGAAGCAGCUUUGAUUCCUCCCCGACAGUUCACCUCUAGCAGAAACAUCUCCCUUAUUUGUGCUUCUUCCUUCUUCGCAAAUGGAGCGUUUCAAUGUAUCAUAUACUGGCUUCCAAUCUGGUUCCAAGCUGUUCUUGGGGCUUCUCCAACCUCAAGUGGUGUCAAGUAUUUGCCCACCGUCAUAUCCGACGUCCUCACCUCAUUAAUCGCGGCGGGUCUGGUGACCAAACUGGGACGGUGGAACCCCUUUCUUAUUUUCGGCACCGCAAUGGUAUCACUUGGUGGUGGGCUUUUGACGACUCUGCAUCCUUCGACAUCCGAUGGUCAUUGGAUAGGAUUCCAGAUUUUAGGUGGCAUUGGAUAUUCUCUUAUCGUCACCAUGGCCCACAUAGGAGUUCAGGCAUCUGUUCCCCAAGACUUGUGCCUGUGGGUGCGACCACCCUUCUCUUCGUUAUUUCCGCAAGCUGUGCCAUAUUCCUGGCUAUUGGUGAAGCGGUCUUCCAAACUCAGCUCAAGAAUGAACUUGCCGAUAUCGCUUCUGCGACGGUCGCCAAUGCAGUGAUAUCCGCAGGGGCUUCAGG